CAGGAAAAAAAAAAACCCUAAUCAUCAUCGUCACCACCGCCCCUGCUGCAUUUUUUUUCUCUCUCGGUGUUCGUCAUUCCCCUGAGAAUUCCCCAACAAUAAUUUGUAAUUCGAGUCCAGACUUUCUCAGGUUCUAUCUUUAUCCACUUUGAUUCCACUGUAAUCCGCCAUGGAUGCUCAGCGAGCUCUGCUAGACGAACUCAUGGGUGCAGCUCGUAAUCUGACGGAUGAAGAGAAAAGAGGGUUCAAAGAGAUUAAAUGGGACGACAAGGAGGUCUGUGCGUUUUAUAUGGUUCGAUUUUGUCCUCACGACCUCUUCGUCAACACCCGAAGCGAUCUCGGGGCAUGCCCAAGAAUUCAUGAUCCAAAGUUGAAAGAGAGCUUUGAGAAUUCUCCAAGACAUGAUUCCUAUGUGCCAAAAUUCGAGGCUGAACUUGCUCACUUUUGCGAGAAAUUGGUGAAUGAUCUUGACAGGAAGGUUAGGCGUGGACGAGAACGCCUUGCGCAAGAUGUUGAACCUGCCCCACCUCCUCCUCUAUCUGCAGAAAAAGCUGAACAAUUGUCUGCUUUGGAAGAGAAAAUCAAGAUCCUUUUGGAACAAGUGGAGGCACUUGGUGAAGCUGGUAAGGUAGAUGAAGCUGAAGCCCUAAUGAAGAAGGUGGAAGAGCUUAACUCUGAGAAGGCAGUGUUGUUACAGCGACCAAAUGACAAGGUAUUAGCAAUGGCACAGGAGAAACAAAUGGCAUUGUGCGAAAUAUGCUGUUCAUUCCUAGUGGCGAAUGAUGCCGUUGAGAGGACUCAGUCCCAUGUCACCGGAAAGCAACAUGUCGGUUAUGGUAUGGUCCGGGAUUUUCUCGCUGAAUACAAGGCUGCUAAAGAAAAAGCAAAAGAAGAAGAAAGGCUAUCAAGAGGAAAAGAAGCAGAUGAUAGGAAGAAACAGAGGGAGAAGGAAUGUGAGAGUAGAAGAAGGGGCGGCUCUAGUGAUAGGGAAAGGUACCGUGAUCGAGAUCUGGACCGUGAAAGGUCUUAUGACAGAGAUUGGAGAUCACGGGGUGGAAGAGAUGGACGCGAUCGAAGCAGAUCACGGUCUCCUCGCGGGAGGCAUGGCCACAAAAGGCACCACUCCAGAAGUCCCGUUCGGCAAUACUAGUUUGAUAACGUCUUUUCUAUAUCUCGGGGGCCUGGACUGGACUUUGCAAUUUAAUGAGGUAGACAAAUGUGAUAUCCCCUUAGUUUUAUGAGCAUGGGUUUUACUGAACCUCCUUUGUCAAGUUAUCAUGAUGGGUGAAACAUCUUUCUACCAUUCACAGCUUUUUCUGAGAGUUGAGACCUUACCUUACCAAUGUCUCCUUCAUCGGUUUAUUGUUAAAAGUUCAAAAGGGUUGAGGUAGGUGUACUCAUAUAACUCUAUACCUUUUACCCUGUAUUUCUCUCGAGGCAUUUCUCCAACCGAUUAACUUCAAUGCAUCUGCCUCGAAACAGUCUUUUAGCUAUCUUUUUUGUGUGUGUUUUUCUGCAUCUGUUUAGGUCUUAUAUCCCUUUCUUGUUCUGAUCUGAAGUGAUGUAAGGCAACAGAAUCAGGGUAUAUCGGCUUGAAUGAGGAUCUCGCAAGGGGAAGAAGAUAAUGCUUUCUCGAAAGCUCGGAGGUAACCAACAUACGACAGAACUCACCCUGCCUUGAAGAUUUUGAGUUUCUAGUUUCGGUUUUUAUGAUCUCAUCUGCAUAUUAGCGUCAGGUACAAAGAACAUGUCUGGCUUAAUAUCAGGGAUGAUGAACUCUCCCUUUCGGGUUUAGGUUAAACCCGGAAAGCAUAUCGGCUUGAAUGAGGAUAUCCGGUUUAGACAGGAUUGCUGCCUGAUCGUUUGAUCAUUUCGGCCAUAACCAUUAUCCCACAACUUCUGCAGAGUUGAAUUGAUUGUGAUAAUCUGAUAACUCGAAGAAGGUAAAAGAUUUUAUUUAUUUAUUUAUGUUCUGUGUGAGGAAAAGCAUUUGCUGGUUGCAGGGUUUCCUUUGAACAGGGCAUGAACUUGUUAGAUGCAAGUGCGAAAAAGAACAGAAAUGUCUAUGCGCUUUCAGCCAUGGAAGAUCUGUUGCUGAGUUCUUGUCCUGUUGCUUUUUUGUGUUCGCAGAUCACAUUGCCGAAUCUAUUACAUUGGUCUCUCAAGUGGCUUAUUUGGUUUAACAGAUUUUUAUAUCGUAUUUCUGAUUAGAAUUUAAUUUUAAAAUUGGUUUAAACAUUCUUUUUA